AAAAAAACCUUUUGACUUUUGAUGGGUUUACGAUUUGGCUUUGUUUUGUGAUUAUUUUGUAAAAUUGUUGUGCCUGUUUGCAUUUCCUCUUGCAGAUAAUUUGAAUACGGGAUGCCACAUUAAAAACCAAUAGAUCGUUUGGGAUUUCUGCGUUUCGGAAUCACUGUAUCAUCUCCAUCAAAUGUAUAAAAAAUAAGCUGGAAAUUGCUAUGACUUGAUGUUGUUUUAAUUCAAAUAUUUAUAUUAGUUGUGUAAAUAUGGACAAUCCUGAAUCAGGCAGCAGCAGGAGCCCGCAGGUGGCACCAACAUCAUGGUGCCAUCCAGCCAACAAAGUUCACCGUUUCAUAGCCCUGAUGUUAAUGUGCUUUCUAUGUUUUGGUUCCUAUUUCUGUUAUGAUUCACCAGCUGCUUUAGCGGAUAACUUCAAGAAUGACUCACAUUUAAACACAUCUCAGUUUGCUUUGUUGUACUCAAUAUACUCCUGGCCAAAUGUUAUAUUAUGUUUCAUUGGGGGUUAUCUAAUUGACAGAUAUUUUGGUGUUAGGCUGGGAACAAUCAUUUACAUGACCUUUGUAUUUAUUGGAGCAGUGGUGUUUGCAACAGGAGUAUAUGUAAAUGCAUACUGGCUUAUGAUUUUAGGCAGAUUUAUUUUUGGAAUUGGUGGAGAAUCUCUGCAAGUGGCCGUGAACAAUUAUGUGGUGCUCUGGUUCAAGGGCAAGGAGCUCAACAUGGUGUUUGGGCUGCAGCUGUCCUUCUCCAGGUUCGGCAGCACCGUCAACUUCUGGAUCAUGGAACCCAUCUACAACUGGGUAGGAGCCUAUUACUCUGGCUACGAACACCUGGGCGUGGUUCUGUUUUUGGCCUCCCUGACGUGCCUGCUGUCCCUGGCGUGCGGGCUGCUGCUGGGCUGGAUGGACCUGCGAGCCGAGCGCAUCCUGGGCCGCGCGGACGGGCAGGCGGCCGACGAGCCCUUCCACCUCAUGGACGUGAGGCACUUCAAGUCGGUGUUCUGGCUCGUGUCGGUUAUAUGCGUCGCGUACUAUCUGGCCAUAUUCCCGUUCAUCGCUUUGGGGAAAUUGUUUUUCGAGCGUAAGUUCGCUUUUCUGCCGCAAGACGCCAACACGGCCAACUCGAUGGUGUACUUCAUAUCUGCGGCGCUGAGCCCCUUCUUCGGCAUCCUGAUCGACAAGACGGGCCGCAACGUCAUGUGGGUCAUCCUGAGCAUCAUCAGCACCAUCGGCGCGCAUUUCAUGUUGGCAUUUACUUUCUUCAAUCCGUAUAUUGGCGUUAGUGUAUUGGGAGUGUCAUAUUCGCUACUUGCGAGUGGAUUAUGGCCGCUGGUAGCUUUGAUUGUUCCUGAAAGUCAAUUGGGAACGGCAUACGGAAUAUGUCAAGCUGUCCAGAACUUAGGACUGGCCACAGUCAUCAUAUUGGCUGGAGUGAUUGUGGACCACUACGGAUAUUUGAUGCUUGAAAUGUUCUUCCUCGGAUGUCUCUUCAUAUCCCUAAUUGCUGCGGUACUUAUUUACAUAGUAGACUCGGCCGGUGAUGGUGUUCUCAACAUGUCUCCAAGCAAAAGAGAUUGCAUCAAAGAAUUCAAAGAGGGUGAUGAGACCGCAAACCUACUGCACAACGAAGAGCAAUCAGAGCCAGACGGACCCGCUGACAACGACGACUCAGACGCGGAGCACUCCGGUGUUUCAAGAGACGCGGCGCUCGCGCAGUCAGAGCGAAUACGCACCAGGUACUUAGCACAAAUACUACCCACGGACCGACAGUAACUGACAUGACGAAAUAUUUAGAUCAUUAGAAAAUUUCCUUGUAAAUAGAAUAUAUUUUAUAUACUUACAAUACUAAAUGAAUAAUCUGACAUAAUUCCAAUGAUAUAAUUAAGUGUUAGUUGUUAUAUAUGAAAUCUCCUAUAUGAUCAAAUGAAUAAAUGUAUAAACUAUUUUUAUGUAUAAUUCAGUUCUGUUCGAAGGUUUAGUUUAGUAAGUAUUUUUAAUAAAUCAUUUUAUGACUUGUA